GGAUAGAUGUCGGCAGCCGUGCUGGCUCUCGCGAAUAAUCGUACACGAAAUUCGCAAACGUACGAUUCGCGCGGGCGUUUGCGAUAAUGUCGCGUGCCUCUUAGCGAUGUAGUUCUCUCGGCGGGAAAAAACGACUGUAAACAAAACCAAAAAGACACGAAAGAAGGAGAGAAAGAAAGCAGAAAACGGAGAAAAAAACGUAAGGAAAAAAGAGGAACGAGCAGCACAUCGCCACACGUGUUUCCGCGGUAAAUGGAAAAACACCGAAAUCGGUCUGCGCAUGCCCGGCCACCGAUGACGUCACGAAAAUUGUGCUUUUGAUCAAACUCGCUCUCUCGCCGUCGUUUUUUUUUUCUUUCGCUCCAUCGUGGACGUAAUAAUGUGGAAAGUGAAAUAACCGUGCGGAAAAGCUCUGUAGGAGCCGCGGAGAAGCCGGUGAGAAUCGACCGUCGUCGUGAACGCAACACCGACCCUGUAUCUUGGCUCCUACAUGCAAUAGAAAGUGUUUUUAAUAUUCCAUCCAGAGGUUCCGAAGAGCUGUCCCAUCUCCACAACGCCGUACAAAAAUGGGUCGGAAGAAGAUUCAAAUUUCGCGCAUCACGGACGAACGGAAUCGUCAGGUGACCUUCAACAAAAGGAAGUUCGGGGUGAUGAAGAAGGCGUAUGAGCUGUCGGUGCUGUGCGACUGCGAGAUCGCCCUGAUUAUCUUCAGUUCGAGUAACAAGCUGUAUCAGUAUGCGAGCACCGACAUGGACAAGGUUCUUCUCAAGUACACCGAGUACAACGAACCCCACGAGUCUCUCACCAACAAGAAUAUCAUCGAGGAACAUAAGGGCGCCAUGUCCCCGGAAAGUCCGGAGCCUGACGCGAUCGAGUACAAUCUCACUCCGCGCACCGAAGCCAAAUACACGAAGAUCGACGAGGAGUUCCAGCUGAUGAUGCAGAGGCACCAGCAUAACGGCACUCGGGCAAUGGGACAAUCUAAUUACACUCUACCUGUAUCCGUACCAGUGAAUAGUUAUGGCGAAUCUCUACUUGGAUCUAGUCCUCAAAUGGCGCAUACCAGCAUUUCUCCAAGACCAUCGUCUUCUGAAACAGACUCAGUAUAUCCACCAGGAGGGAUGUUGGAAAUGAGCAACGGAUAUCCUCCAUCGGCAUCACCGCUUGGAGGUUCACCUAGUCCAGGGCCUUCGCCGGCGCUAGGAGUCGGAGGAGGCAGCGCAAACAAAGGCAGCAAUCAGUCUAGGCAUUCGCCACAACCUCCGCCCCCUCCACCGCCACCACAUCCUCACAGGACUAAUCUUCGAGUAGUUAUUCCAACACCCCUUACGCAACCUCUCUCCGAAGACACUAGUUAUGAUAGUGGCCAUGGACAAUCUGCAUUGAACACACCGGUAGUAGCAUUACAAACACCAUCAGUACCAGCCGGAUACUCUAGUUUCGGACCAACGGAUUAUUCCUCGGACCUUGGGAGUCUAGCAUGGUCUCAUCAGAGGUACGUUGAUGACUUAUCAAUGUAUUCGGCAGCCACCAUGUCCAGCAUCAGUGGUCUUCCUCAUCUAGCUGUGUCGAGUAGUACGCCACCGCCAGCCACAUCGCCAUUACCAGUGAAAAUAAAGAGUGAACCAAUCAGUCCGCCGCGGGAUCCACACGGCGGUAACAGUGGCUCGAACAGUAGUGGGCCAAGUAAUACCAGUAACCUUCAUCACACGACUCUAAACGUCGGACCAUCGUCCAGUACCGGUGCACCGCCUCCACAUCAUGUAUCUCAUCCUGGGCCACAAUCGUUGAAUCUUGUAUCAAGCAGACCAAGUAGUAAUCCACCGCCAUCUCAUUCGGGUAGUAUAACACCGACGAAUCUACCGUCGCCAGGCAGCGCCACGGUGGCGGACAUUCGAACAAGUCACUCGAACGCCGGUGGAAAUGGUGGCAACAACUCAGACUAUGAGAACGGACCGCUUAUGAAGCGUUCCCGUAUCACCGAGGGCUGGGCGACUUAAUGUCAAUCGUUACGGUUAAUCGCUCGAUCGUUUCAUACCUCUACGUACAACGGCGUAUAGUGCUUGUGAGAAGUUCCGGGGACUCGAAGUCGAAGACUCGUUUAAUAAUUACAACAUACACAAACACACACACACACGUUUAGCCAUGAUUAUUUCUUGGUUGGGUGCGCGCGUGAGAAAGAACGAUCCUCGUGAAGUCCGACUUUGGCUGGACGAAGAACACAAAUUUGUUUAUAUUUUGAAACCAACACACGUACACGUACACAAACACACAAAAUACGUUUGUUUGACGAUUAAAUAACG